AUUGAUGCGGGUGCCUAGUCAAGACACUGUGCCUGUACCCUGGUGUGAAGCAUGUCGUGCUUGACCUUAUCAGACUUAACCAUAGGCAGUAGAGAUACCAGGACCGCAGGACAGACAGACAUCCAACAGGAACUCCUAUCAAUAUUGAAAGCUUUUUUGUGUAGCGCCAGCGGCAUAGCCAGUCGCAAACUGACUGUAUCGAAUUUCUGCUCGUUCUUGAGCUGCGGUUUUUGCCUGACCCCACUGGCAUCUCCAUCUUAAUCAGCUCUCGUGUAACCUCACUACGAUAACAUGGCAGACAAUGUGGAAUGGUGUCGAGCGGCCUUGCUGGAGUGUCCUGCAAAUCAUCCUGAUCGGUCCAGCUUUUUAGCCAACCUUGCCAGUAGCCUUCAAUCCAGAUUCCAGCAGCAGGGCAUCCUCUCUGAUUUGGAAGAGGCCAUCGAGCUCCAUCGAGCCGCACUGGUGCUCCGUCCCCCUGGCCACCCCCUUCAAUCCUCUUCUCUCUAUGACCUUGCCCACAGCCUUCACGACAGAUUCCAGCAGAGGGGAUUCCUGUCUGACCUGGACGAGGCCAUCGAGCUCCAUCGGGCUGCACUAGUACUCCAUCCCCCCGGCCACUACUUUCGAUCCUCGUCUCUCAACAGCCUUUCCAUCAGCCUUCGGCGCAGAUUUGAGCAGCAGGGCGCCCUUUCUGACCUGGAUGAGGCCAUUGAAUUCAAUCGGGCCGCACUAGUGCUCUAUCCACCUGACCAGUCCCUUCGAUCCUCGUGUUUCAACAACCUUGCCAUCGGCCUUCGACGCAGAUUCGAGCAGCAGGGCGCCCUGUCUGACCUGUCUGAGGCCAUCGAGCUCCAUCGAGCUGCACUAGCACUCUGUCCCCCUGGCCACCCCAUUCAAGCCGAGUUUCUUAACAGUCUUGCCAUCAGCUUUCGAGGCAGAUUCCAGCAGCAGGGCAUGCUUUCUGACUUGAAUGAGGCCAUCGAGCUUCAUCGAGCUGCACUGGCACUCCGUCCCCCCGGCCAUCUUGACCGAUCCAUGUAUCUCAAUAACCUUGCCUUCGGCCUCCACCACAGAUUCCAGCAGCGGGGCGUCCUGUCUGACCUCUCUGAUGCCAUCGAGCUCAAUCGAGCUGCACUGGCGCUCCGUCACCCCGGUCAUCCUCACCGGUCCAUGUCUCUCAACAACCUUGCCGACAACCUUCGAAGCAAAUUCAAGCAGCACGGUGUCAUGUCUGACCUGGAUGAGGCCAUCGAGCUCCACAGGGCUGCACUGGUACUACGUCCCCCUGGCAAUUCCUUUCGACCCACAUCCCUUAACGACCUUGCCAACAGCCUUCGAACUAGAUUCCAACAACGGAACGACCUGUCUGACCUGUCUGAGGCCAUCGAGCUCCAUCGAGCAGCAUUGGCGCUCUGUCCCUCUGGCCAUUCUCUACGAUCCUCAUCUCUGAGUGACCUUGCCAACAGCCUUCAAACCAGGUUCCAGCAGCAUGGUCGUUCAUCAGACUUGGAAGAGGCCUUCAGACUCUAUCUACAACUUUUCCAAGUAUCUCACGCAGUCUCUCGUAGAGAUCUUUGUGCUGCAAAGUCCUGGGCUGCCUCCGCAGAGCAGUUCAAGCAUAAAUCCGCACUGAUUGCCUAUAAGACCACAUUGAAAUUUCUCGACCAGCACGUUGCUGUUUUGUCGUCCUCAUCCCGCUAUUUCAAUGUGAUCAGGGAGGCCACUUCAUCCCUCGCCAUGGACGCUUUUUCAUGUGCUGUUCGUCAUGAUGCUCUGAAGACUGCUGUGGAAUUGGUGGAGCAAGGCCGUGCCGUAUUUUGGACCCAGUUGGCGCGCUUCCGCAAACCACUGGACGACCUUUCUACAUCAGGUGAUGCCGGCGAAGCCUUGGCAGAUGAGUUCAAGCAAGUCAGCUUUCGCCUUCGUAAAGUCUUGGAUGCAUUGGAUGCAUCUCCUGAAGACCAAUCCCCGCAAAUCCGGCAGCUGACCAUGCAGUGGAAUGAUGUUAUCUCCCGCAUCCGCAUGUUACCCGGCUUUUCCCGGUUUCUCCUGCCUCCGUUGUUCUCUGACCUCCAGGAAGCGGCAGAAGGUGGUCCAGUCAUCAUUGUCAAUGCCAGCCAGUACAGCUGCGACGCUUUGAUCAUCCUGAGCGCCCAAGAUCCUGUCCGCGUUCCACUUGAUAUUUCACAGACCGACGUCACGGACCUCUCCUCCACAUUUCUGUCCCUCACAGAUCAUGCUGGCUCUUCUGAUCAUCAGAUUGAGUUACACAAGAUCAUCGGCGUCUUACGCAAGCUCUGGCAUGGUGUUGUUGGACCCAUAGUUCAAGUGCUCAGGCGGUUCAUUCCUCGCGGCUCGCGCAUCUGGUGGUGUCCCACCGCUGAGUUCACGCUGCUCCCCCUACACGCAGCAGGACCAUACGAACUGCUUAGCCAUAAUCUCUCUCACUUUUACAUCUCCUCUUACACCCCAACUUUGGCCACACUCAUUCGCGCGAGACAGCAGGUGUCUCGAGAUGCGUCUACUCAGAAUUUCGUUGCCAUUGGUCAAGCGAACCCGGUCGGAGGGAAGACACUUCGUUGUGUCGCUGCUGAGUUGGAUGUCGUCGCUCAACGUGUCGCGCCCUUGCUGCCCUUUACAUCGCUUGCGGACAGUGAAGCAACAGUCCAGGGAGCCUUGGAUGCAUUGAGUCGCAAACAGUGGCUACACCUGGCCUGUCAUGGCAUGCCAAAUCGAAAACAACCAUUCGAGUCUUCGUUCGCCAUGCACGACGGGCCUUUAAUGAUCAGGGACAUUAUACGAACUCAUUUGCAGAACCCGGAGUUCGCAUUCCUGUCGGCUUGUCACACUACCGUCGGUGAUGAGUCGAGCCCUGAUGAGGCGAUUCAUCUCGCUGCGGCCAUGCAAUUCUCCGGAUUUCGAAGUGUGAUAGGUUCUAUGUGGUCCGUCGACGAUAAUGUGGCAGGCGAGAUCGUCUCUGUCUUUUACGACAACCUGGUUGAUGAUUCAGGGAGACUGGACUGCAGACGUGCCGCGGGAGCAUUGCACAAGGCUGUGAAGACGUUGCGCAAGAAGAUUCCGUUCGAACAGCAGAUCGUAUUUGUUCACAUAGGUGUCUAAAUUUACCAUUCGCAGCGCCAAGGCGUGUCGUAAGACUCAGAGUUCACGCUUGUACUCUACAUAUUAUGUACGAGACACCAAGCUACCAUCUCCUGGUCUUUCUCAUACAAACAAUCAAAAAUCAAGCAUAU